GGCAACACGUACAGCACGCUGCGCGUCCUGGAAGUGUGAGCGGAGCUGUUUCACUGAGCCAAGCCAAGGAAAACAGCAGGACUGCGGGUCAGGAGAAAGAAACGGCGGAGAGAAGGCUGGCUGCUCACACUCGGAGAGAUAAUCCUCCUGAUUUAUAAGCUGGAAGGACAUUUGUAUUUUUAUUUUUGGUUUGUUUUGAGGGGUUUCUGACAGUGCUGCUGACAGCAGAUAUAUCUUUCCUCAUAUAAAUAAGAUAUCUGUAUCGCACCACUUUGCACGAGAGUGAAGCUUGCAGCAGCAUUUAUAAUAAAAAUCUCUUGACAAAAAAAGUCGAGGAGAAGAAGAAAUGGAGAAAUCAGACGGCUGCUCUCCGGACAGAAACAUCCUCUGUCUGUUUGAUGUGGACGGCACUCUGACAGCGCCGAGAGAGAAAAUUGACCCACAGUUGGACGAGUUCUUCCAGACUCUGCGGAAGAAAGUGAAGAUCGGCAUCGUAGGAGGGUCGGACUACUCAAAGAUUGCAGAGCAGCUUGGAGAGGGGGAUGAUGUGAUACACAAGUUUGAUUAUGUGUUUGCUGAGAAUGGGACAGUGCAGUACAAAGAUGGGAAACUCCUCUCAAAACAGGCCAUUCAGAACCAGAUUGGGGAGGAGCUGCUGCAGGACCUGAUCAACUUCUGCCUCAGCUACAUGGGCCUCAUCAAGCUGCCAAAGAAAAGAGGUACGUUCAUUGAGUUCAGGAACGGAAUGAUCAACAUCUCUCCCAUCGGUCGGAGCUGCACGCUAGAGGAACGAAUUGAAUUCUCUGAAAUUGACAAGAGAGAAAAGAUCAGGGAGAAAUUUGUUGCCGCUCUGAAAGAGGAGUUUGCUGGGAAGGGACUACGGUUCACUAAAGGUGGUCUCAUCAGCUUUGACAUUUUUCCAGAGGGCUGGGACAAGAGACUGUGUUUAGAGGUGCUUGAGAGGGAAGGCCUGGAUGCCAUCUACUUCUUUGGCAACGAGACCUCAGAUGGAGGAAACGACUACGAAAUUUUCAACGACCCACGGACCAUCGGUUUCACAGUCUACUCUCCGGAGGACACGGCUCGGCUCUGUCGGGAGCUUUUCUUUGGCACUUUACCACAUGAGUCCUGAUGUCCCGAGCUGCCCCUUUUCUCUUCAUGCACAAGACCCUCCGAACACGAGUCUGUGGGCGUCUGCCAGCAGCCCUGGCUUUUAUAAACUGAUGAAAGGUACCACUACUGAUCCCUCCAUAUUUUUAAUAAUUUUAUUCGAUUUAAAUGGACUGCAGCAGGGUGAAUGGACCACAUCGGCUCACCAAGUCACAGUUUUUAAAAAAGAAGGGACGUCGUCGAGGGAAGUGUUACAUGUUGUCAUGCAUUAAAGUGUGGAGCACUGUGCCAGAAGAUGUGUUUGACUGAGUCGUGUUACUGUGAUGUGCAGCAUGUUAACUUGGAGAGAUUGUGAUAUUUGACGCAGUAUAAAAAUGUAACGUAAUGUAAUACUUGAUGAUUUGCACUAAUCUUGGCAUAAUUUUAUACCAAUAAUCGGUAUUGUUGUUUUAACUCGGCCGACGGAGGUGAGCAAAGUGAGUGAAUUAAACAGGUGAUUCUGUGAGAUCAUUUUGAAAGUGAGAUAGGAAUGCCAGAGAAGAUGAGGACUUUCCUUCAUCUCGAGCUGAGGAUAAAGAGGAAUCAUUCCAGAUGUUUUUAAUGUCUAAACUGCACAUGUUUGAUGUUUUACUUUGUGAUCAUAGGAAUGUUUUAAGUUCACAAAGACGCUGAAACAGAAGGAAGCUCGCUGCUGUUUCUCAGUCUGCUUCUUAACGCUCUUAAAAUUCCAUUGAAGGGAGCGUUCUGUAGAUUCUGACUCAGAGAAUUUACUGUAAUCAGUGAAUUAAGCUACUGUCACUGUAUAAACCUUUGUGACUCAGUAUGGCAACUCACUCUUACAAGCUGUAUUGUGGCCUUCAUGGGAUACACGGAACUACAUGGACUGAUCAUUUUUCAGUUUAAUGCUUUCAUCAACAGCUGCUUAAAGUGCUCAUUUCCACCUCCUUAUAUUUAUUCCUGGACUUGCACAGUUUAAACUAGUCCUUAUUUAUCUUACACUGGGCCUUGCUGCAGCCCCUCAGUUCAUCCUCUGUCUGAAACAAGUCAUUUUAGCUCCUCUCCCUCUAAAGCCAACUUUCUUCUGAUUGGCUGCUCGUCUUAAACCGAAGGUUUGAGAACAGCAGGAGAGAGCGGGUGUUAAGGAUAUCCAUAGAUGGAGCCAAGCUCCCGUGCAAGCAUAAUAGGUCCUCUUUAAACGGUUUCCAAUCGUGUAAAACCUGUUAGCAUGAUUUUUCAGUCGCGUGUCAUUGCUCUAAAAAGUACCGCCUACUUCAUGGAUCACUGUUGUGAAUCUGUGGAUUUUGUAAGUCAUGUGGAUCUGUUUCUGACUGUAAGCACUCCUUCAACCUGAAAGAUUACAGGGAUUGUGUAGACUGACAUACACAGCUGAAAUGAGCCUGUAACACUGAUGAUAAUAACUGUAAGAUUUGCCACAUAUGGAUAAAAAUGAAAUGUUCUAUUCAUGGUGAUAUGUUUUGAUAUAAUUUCAUCAUUUAUAGCUGAUAAAAGUGCCAGAACUAAAAUGUAU